AUGCGUCUCCCAACCAGCAAGAAGCCCAGCGUCAAGAAGCGCCAAGCUCCGGAAUACGUGAAAUUCUUUCAAGCAAACCGCGAAGCUCUCCGUUGUGCAGCUUCCUGGUCCUUGGAAUCGCUGCGGUGCCUCGGCUGCGGUGAGUCAUUCGCCGAACAGUCGCCACUGAACCCAAUCCGCGUCUCCGACGCCCACUUCUGCGAGCAGUGCGCCGCCCGAGACAGUUGCAAGUUGAAGAUUCCCCUUCACGGAGUCUCGGCAGUGAUCGGAUCGGCCGAUCUCGUGCCCGGAAGGACUGGUUAUGUGAUAGGUGCUAAGCUCGAUUUCCCGAAAUGUCCGGUGUGCAACGAGGAAUUUGGCUUCUCCGCCGAGCGCUUGCCGGUUGCUGUGACGUUGGCGAAGGUCCUCUGCACGACUUGCCACAACAACUCCACGCCCAAACCGUCUCGCUGCCUGGCCUCCACCCAAUUUUGGCUCGAGUUCCUGAUAGAUUUCGCGAGGGCCGCUUUUUCGCGCCGAACUUUCCAAGAUCUCGGCAAGCCCGCCCCGAGUGUAGAUGAAGAUGCCUGCCAAGGGUCUUGCGGAAAGAGCUUCCACUACGACGAUCUGCUCUUCUGCGCCGAUUGCCAGGCAAUCAUCUGCGGAUUAUGCCAAUUCAAAGCCCAUCGCAACCACAAGGAGAAGCUCUGCGAGACCUAUCUGUCGACGGUGCGGAUGCUGGACGAGAAGGUGAAGCAGAUGAAGGAAGGGCUCGAAACG